CGUCCUUUUAUGUGCGUCAUUCUGUUUCCGGAAUUGCGCCGCCGUUGAAACACCAACAACCAACGUGAGAUUUUCGUUGCCGCGCCAUUAACUGUUUUGUUCAAUUUUACAUAGAUCACCGUUUUCUAAAAAUAUCUGAAUAUUAUUUGGGAGAAUGGCGUACAGAGGACAAGGACAGAAGGUUCAGAAGGUCAUGGUGCAGCCUAUCAACCUUAUUUUCAGGUAUCUACAGAAUCGUUCCCGAAUCCAGGUAUGGCUCUACGAACAGGUCAACAUGCGGAUAGAGGGCUGCAUCAUUGGAUUUGAUGAGUACAUGAAUUUGGUUUUGGAUGACGCAGAGGAGGUUCACAUGAAGACCAAGAACAGGAAGCCCCUGGGGCGGAUUAUGUUGAAAGGAGAUAACAUCACAUUGCUGCAGAGUGUGUCCAACUGAUCAUCUGUUAGUUCUUCAUCUGAAUAUUAUUUGUUUGCUGUUUGUUGUUUUAUUUUGUUUUCAUUUGUCAAGAUUUGGAAUUUUGACCCAUGCUUAUAAUUGUGAAAACCCAUUUUUUUUCUUUUCUAAAUCUCAAAAAUAAAAGUUUUUUUUCUCAGUUUCAGGCUACUGUUUU